AGAAGAAGAAGGAGGAGAAGAAGAAGAAGAAGUUGCCAGCAUGGCGUUUACUCUCUACUCUCUCAUUCAGACCGCUAUUCUGUGUACCAAUGCAAUCGCUGUGUUGCAUGAGGAGAGGUUUCUCAGCAAGAUUGGUUGGGGCGUUGACCAGGGAGUUGGAGGUUUUGGGGAUGAUCCAGGAGUCAAAGCCCAGAUUCUCAAUCUCAUCCGCUCAGUCCGGACUGUUAUGAGAGUGCCUUUGAUAAUAGUGAAUUCCGCCUGCAUCGUCCUGUUGCUGCUGUUUGGUUGAUAGUCGCCUGUCAGUAAACUUAAACAGAAGACCACACAUGCCAACAUCACUUGCACACAAACUGAACUGUCUGCCAUUUAGAGGCUUCUGCCACUGUCACUCAUGGGGAGGGUGGAACCUUUUUCUACAGGACUGGCACUGAAAUAGAAAAUCAAGUGCAGAUGUCUAAAUGCAAGAAUGAGACGAGGAUCCCAAAAUUAGCUGGUGCAGACUUCCUGCUGUGUUCAUCGGCACUAAAAGGACUAAAGUGAUGUAAUUUUGUUAAAGUCAUGACUACAUAGGAUGAUGGUUUUAUCUUCAUCCAGGACCUUUUUUUUUAUGUGUGUUUGUCCUUGCUAUUAUCGUAUCAUAAUUAUGCAAAAUGUUUUCCAUUCAACGCGUUGGUACAGACUGAUGUGUUUGUGAGGCUCUUACUGUAGAGGUUGCUAAUGGGCCUGCAGGGGUUUUGUGGGACAGCUCUUGAGCACAUCCAAGAGAGAAGGCAAUUCACAAAAUCAGCAGUUUCAUUUAGAGCCCUGCUUUGAGUAAUCUCUUCAUAAUGAUGUUCUAAAUUGAACUGUGAUCGAUCAAUCUCUGAGAAUUAGGCUAAAUAUGUAUAAAUGUAAAUUUUAAGCAUUGUUGCCAAACACAGCUCCAACCAAUGUAUUUUGUAUUGUUUACACUUCAUUGCCACAAACAUCGAGAUUGAAAUAAAUGAAUUACU